AUGAGGAUCCAUUACCUUCUCUUUGCAUUUCUCCUGGUGCUUCUUACUUAUCUUCCAGCCUUUUCCCAAUUAAUCAACAGUCCAGUAACAUGCAUGAGACAUCUAGGCUCAUGCCAGCGUUCAUGCUAUGGAGGUUUUCGACCGGUUGGCCAUUGUGGCCAUCCUAAAAUCAGAUGCUGCCACAGAGAAUAG